UUUACUCCCAUUAAAACAUAACCCACAUUUAUUAGCUUAAGCUACAAUCAUGGCCGAGCAAAAAGUGGUGAUUAAGCUUGAGGUGAAUGGGGAGAGGCCAGCUUCAUUAGCAAGGAGGAUGGGAGUGGGUAUGUUGAAGACGAUGCUGCCAUUCGAAUGCGUAUCAGGACACUUUAAACACUCUGCUGACCAAAAUAAAAGCAAAGCCAUGCAGAUUGCAGUGGGAUUUGGAGUGAAUUCGACCGCACUGGAAGGCGAAGGAAAGGAUGAGUUAGUAGUGAAAGGAGUAAUCGAUGCGGCGGAGCUGGUGAGGGUGCUGAGGGACAAGGUAGGCGGCGCUCAUAUUAAGAGCGUCGGGCCGGCAGAUGAUAAGAAAGAGAAAGAGAAGAAAGAGAAGGAGGCAAAGGAGAAGGAGGAAAAGGAAAGGAUGGAGAAGAUGAUGAGUUCUGGAUUGGUGUAUCCUUGGCCACAUCAUCAACCAUUGAUAUACGAGGUUCCUGAUUACAGCCCUCGUGGCUGCUUCUUCUGAUGAUCGAUCAAUCAAUCCAUAUAUAUAUAUACAUAAAUAUAUAGUUGCAUACAUAUGCAACAUAUAUGCAUGCAUGCAUGUCUUACAUAUAGUCUGCUAGCUUAGCAGUUUGGGAUACUUGAUGAGUAAUCGAGCUGCUAAUGCAACUGUUUGUGCGUAUGCUCCUGAGUGGUAUGUAAUAUAUAUACAAUUUUUUUUUUUUAUAUCUUUUUUCAUAUCGAUACACUCACUGAUUUACCUUGCAUGAUGCACGACGAAAAGAGGUAUUAAAUAUAAUUACUAGUGAAUAUUUACUAUUGCGCUA